CAGUGAAACUUUUAAAACGUCAACAAUGUCUGUUCCGUGUGAAUUGUCUCUGUCCGAAAUACGGAAUUUUAUGUUAAUUAAAGGUGGUAAAGUGACCAAUCAUGAGUUAGUGAAGUACUUUAAGAAGUUUUUAACAAAUCCCAACACCCAAGCUGAAGCCCGCAAACAGUUUAAAACGUACGUGAACAUAUUGUCAACUAUUAAAAAUGAGGGAAAAGAUAAGUACUUAAUUCUCCGCAAGAAAUACAUCAACGAAUGCCCAGCCGAAGAUAAUCUCAGCCUGCUGUCACUGUCUCAAUCGGACUUUGCAAACAGUCCAGGAUCUCGAUCGACAAUUUCAGAACAUGAUUCAUCCGUCGUCGGUACGUCACUUUCUUCACAAUUUGGUGCGCCUGAUUCUCCCUUCCGUGAACCGCCACCAUAUAAACCACCUCCAGAAGUUAAAAUUCCGGGUCUUGCUAGUGAAACUAAAGAGCAAUAUAAGGACUGCGUCGAUGAGUUCAAAUACGCGUUAAGUUCUUUCGGUAUCGGUCAAAGUGAAGAUGAUAAACAAAGUGUUGAAGUUGUGAAAGAUGUGAUCGAAAAUUCUCCGCCGCCACCAGUAUUACCGCCGCGGAAACGUAGCAAUGCGGAGAAAAUUAACGAACAAGUAUCCGACGAAAAGGCUGAAGAGAACAAGGAAAAUGCUUCGAUCGAAACCAGUUCGAAAAGUUCAUCCCGUUCUAAUACGUUGGAGAAACAGAUCAGCGUAGCUGAGGCAACGAAAAAAUUCAAUAGAAUAGCGUCCGAGGAGGAGGCCAAAGUUACAUCGCCGCCGACUAAAAAGAAGCCGGAAAAACGAACGGAGGAAAUUAGCAACGAAAUUUUGAUUUCCAGCCAUCCAAAAUCGAAAGAAUGGUUGGUUAGUUCAGCUAAGGCCAACUAUCAAGAGCUCGCCAAACUUGCGUCGGAGUAUCCGGAAUUGACGAAGUUGCAUGAUCUCACUACGGGCGAUACUGCGCUUCAUUGGGCCGCCAAACAUGGAAAUGAGGAUGUAGUCAAGUUGAUUGCUGGAACUCAUCGAGCAGAUGUCAAUUCAAGAACGAAUGGGGGUUACACACCUUUGCACCUGGCCAUGCAAUUUGGAAAGGAUAAUAUAUUUGAAUUGCUAUGCAAUGUUUACAAAGCUGAUCGUGAUAUAUUAGAUUGGAGUGGCAGAAAACCACUGGAUUAUCGCAAAAUUCAUACGACCGUAUCAGCGUCAACAUACAGCAAAAUCAAAGCAAGGAAAAAGCAAUCCGAAAAAGAUUUGGGAUUCCUUCGGAUUGGUUCGCUGAACGUUCGAGUGAAACGAACGACGGAAGCAUUCAGCAACUUCCUGGGUGUGGGCAGCAACCAGACUCGGAUUCCGCCACCAUACUUAAGGACUAGUGCACCAUCAUCCAUGUCAUAUUUCGAAAAAGUUCACAAGAAUUGGGGUUCGGCAGACAACAUCAUUCCUCAUGGGAGAAACUCUAAGAAAAUGGAUUCUGCAUCAAUGCCACCACCUAAAAUUGGCCCUGUAAAGAAACGUCGAUCGAAGCGUGCGUUUGAUGUUAAUACCGGAGGUUAUCGAAGCGUUCCGACCACUCCAAAUCAACAGAGAGCAAAAUCCGGUGUUCCAACUUUAAUGGAGAAUCCGAAUAAUCAAUCAGAGUCGGAGUCUGAUUCAGCAUGUGGAUUUGAUUCGAACUGGAAAGAUGGAUAGUUUAAGAGAAUCGUUUUUAGUGGAUUUAAGUGAUUAAAAGUCUUAAAGAUUCAAUUGUUUGUCAUUAGUUAGUUUGAACUUGGUAGGAUACAUUCAGUCUGAAUUGUUUGUAGGACUGCCAAAUGAUUAAUGUUUGAUGUACAUUUCUAUGUAGUUAAGUCGGUUCUCAAAAUAUUACUCGAGUAUGUAAGGUUUAUUAACAAGAUAAUGGAAGACAACCAGUGGUAAUAAAUUUUGUUUAACAA